GGAGCCGGAAGUGCCACGUGUCCCGAUUGCGCCUGCGCGGCCAGCGGCUGACAGGCACUUCCGGCCGGGGCCUCUCUUCUCUCUCGUUAGGCUGCCGCCGUCCAGCCCGGCGUUCUCGGCCCCACCGGUCCGACUUCCAAGCCUCAGCUCCCAGGCCAAGCCGUGGCCGCUCGCGGGCUGGGAAGAAUGCCGCGCCAUGCCUAGGGCAUGAUGCGCCGCCCUCUCUCCUCCUCGCCUCAGUCCUGAGUCGGUGGUUCCUUCCCUCCGCUUCUAGCAGUCGUCUCUCAGCUCUUCGUUUGGCGCUGUCGCAGACCCCGACCAUUCCCUUCCAACCCCGACGCGCACCGUCGUCAUGUCCCAGCCGGGGAUACCGGCCUCCGGCGGCGCCCCAGCCGGCCUGCAGGCCCAGAACGGGGCCUCCUCGGCCUCGGGGUCUCUCUACACCAACGGUCCUGUCCAAAAUGCACUGAUGUCUUCACAAGUGUCAGUGAACGAAGGAUAUAAUUCUCAGCUUCCAGGAUCCUACCCUCAUCUAAUACCAGCAAAGACAUUGAAUCCAGUCUCUGGACAGUCUAACUAUGGUGGUUCUCAGACUGUUUCUCCGUUAAGUAUUUAUCAGGGACCUGGGCAGAAUCUUUAUAGACCACCUGUGGCUUCUAAUCCAGUGACACCUUCACUUCACAGUGGUCCUGUUCCCCGAAUGCCACUACCUACUUCUCAGAACCCAGCUGCUACACCAAUGCCUUCUGGUAGCUUUCUUCCUGGAGCCAAUGUACAACCACCUUUGAAUUGGCAGUAUAACUAUCCAUCCACAGGAUCACAGACAAACCAUUGUCCUCGUGUAUCAUCCCAACCAGCUGUAUCUGGGAAUACAAAUUUGACAAGUCAUCAAUAUGUUUCUUCUGGAGAUCCUUCACUUCAAAACAACUUCAUAAAAUCAGGUUCUGCACCCCCCUUAGUGAACCCACCUCUGCCUACCACUUUCCAACCAGGAGCUCCUAUUGGGCCCCCUCCAACUGGAGGACCACCUCCAGUGAGGGCACUCACGCCUCAGAAAUCAUCACAUAGAGCUGUGCCCCAGCCCUCAUUUAAUUCAGCUGUCAACCAAGAAGGUAUUACAUCAAAUACCAAUAAUGGAUCUAAUGUGGUUCACAAUAGUUAUGAUGAAAUUGAAGGCGGUGGCUUCUUGGCAACACCACAGCAUGCUAACAAGAAUCCCACUAUGAGCCGAAGUGUUGGGUAUUCAUAUCCCUCCUUACCACCUGGUUAUCAGAACACAGCACCACCUAGUACAACUGGAAUGUCACCCUCUUCCAUGAAUUACUCAAGUGGGCCACAGGGCUUUACUCAGACUCCCUUAGGUGCUAAUCAUUUAACUGCAAGCAUGAGUGGAUUAAGUCUACAUCCAGAGGGGCUAAGAGUUAUCAAUCUUCUUCAAGAAAGAAAUAUGCUUCCAGCAACAUCUUUGCAGCCUCCUGUUCCAAAUUUGCAUGAAGAUAUCCAGAAACUCAAUUGUAAUCCAGAGUUAUUUCGAUGCACGCUGACUAGCAUUCCUCAGACUCAGGCCUUACUGAAUAAAGCCAAACUUCCUUUGGGACUACUGCUUCAUCCUUUCAAAGACCUAGUGCAAUUGCCUGUGGUUACCUCCAGUACAAUUGUGAGAUGCCGCUCAUGCAGGACAUACAUCAACCCUUUUGUCAGCUUUCUGGAUCAAAGGAGAUGGAAGUGUAACUUAUGUUACCGAGUCAAUGAUGUUCCUGAGGAAUUCAUGUACAACCCUUUGACUAGAGUUUAUGGAGAACCUCACAGAAGACCUGAAGUUCAGAAUGCUACUAUUGAGUUUAUGGCUCCUUCAGAAUACAUGUUACGACCACCUCAACCUCCAGUGUACCUCUUUGUAUUUGAUGUAUCUCACAAUGCAGUUGAAACUGGAUACUUGAAUUCAGUUUGCCAGAGUUUGUUGGACAAUCUGGAUUUGCUUCCUGGCAACACUAGGACAAAAAUUGGCUUCAUUACAUUUGAUAGUACAAUCCACUUCUACAGUCUUCAAGAAGGUCUCGCUCAACCUCAGAUGCUAAUCGUUUCAGAUAUUGAAGAUGUUUUUAUACCUAUGCCAGAGAACUUAUUAGUAAAUUUAAAUGAAAGUAAAGAGCUCGUUCAAGAUUUACUGAAAACAUUGCCACAAAUGUUCACCAAGACCCUGGAAACCCAGAGUGCCUUGGGUCCUGCACUUCAGGCUGCCUUUAAGCUGAUGUCCCCAACUGGUGGUCGAAUGUCCGUCUUUCAAACACAACUUCCUACUCUUGGAGUGGGAGCCCUGAGGCCACGAGAGGAGCCCAACCAAAGGUCAUCUGCUAAGGAAAUUCACUUGACACCAUCCACUGACUUUUACAAGAAAUUAGCCUUGGAUUGUUCUGGUCAGCAGGUAGCCGUGGACUUAUUCCUUCUCAGUGGACAGUAUUCUGACUUGGCUUCUCUGGGUUGUAUUUCUCGGUAUUCAGCAGGUAGUGUGUAUUACUAUCCUUCUUACCACCAUCAGCAGAAUCCAGUACAAGUACAGAAAUUACAGAAGGAACUACAGAGAUACCUCACUCGAAAGAUUGGCUUUGAGGCAGUCAUGAGGAUUCGGUGCACGAAAGGUCUUUCCAUUCAUACUUUCCAUGGGAACUUCUUUGUUAGGUCAACAGACUUACUGUCUUUGCCUAAUGUAAACCCAGAUGCUGGGUAUGCAGUACAGAUGUCUGUGGAGGAGAGUCUUACGGACGCUCAGUUGGUUUCCUUUCAGUCUGCACUCUUGUAUACAUCCAGCAAAGGUAAGUUGGGUUUGUUUGUUUGUUUUUAUUGUGUUUACAAUCCAGUACUGGUAACUAUAAAUACAGUGUGUUGUGGCAAAGAUGCUAAACUUCUCUCUUUUCUGUUGUUGUCCCCACCUCCAUCUCUGUUAGCUGUUGACAGGUCAGUGACUGCCAGUCUAAGUGAUGCUCGGGAUGCCCUGGUGAAUGCUGUCAUAGACUCUCUUUCAGCUUAUCGUUCUUCAGUCCUAAGUAACCAACAGCCUGGACUCAUGGUUCCUUUUUCUUUGCGGCUUUUCCCACUCUUUGUGUUGGCUCUUCUUAAACAGAAAUCGUUUCAGACUGGGACAAAUGCACGUCUAGAUGAACGCAUUUUUGCCAUGUGUCAAGUGAAAAAUCAGCCCUUGGUUUACCUUAUGCUCACAACUCAUCCUAGUUUGUAUAGAGUUGACAAUCUUUCAGAUGAGGGAGCACUCAACAUCAACGAUCGCACCAUACCUCAGCCACCUAUUCUUCAGCUUUCCGUGGAGAAGCUGAGCAGGGAUGGAGCUUUCCUCAUGGAUGCAGGCUCUGUACUGAUGCUUUGGGUUGGAAAAAAUUGUGGACAAAAUUUUCUCAGCCAAGUUCUAGGAGUUCAAAACUAUGCAUUAAUUCCACAGAUUAUGACAGACCUUCCAGAACUUGAUACACCAGAAUCUGCCAGAAUAAUAGCAUUCAUCUCUUGGCUUAGAGAGCAGAGACCAUUUUUCCCCAUACUUUAUGUAAUAAGGGAUGAGAGUCCAAUGAAAGCAAACUUCCUUCAAAACAUGGUAGAAGACAGAACAGAAUCUGCAUUAUCAUAUUAUGAAUUCCUCUUGCAUAUACAACAACAAGUGAACAAAUGAAGAUAUUUGACUUAAAGUCAUGAUAAUGCAGUACACCUGAGAAUGUGUAAUACUUUCCUUUUCUAUUAGGUUUGUGGACUAAUGUGAUGAUUGUAUGUUCUCACUGUGAUUUCAACAAACUAUAGCAAAUAAAGGACCACAGCAGAGAAUCAAACAUGCUACUCUGAAAUACUGUAUUUUUCAAAUCAAAAUAGAUCUACGUACAUUUGAUUGGAUACUUUUUUCCUUUGCUGCCAAUAAUGUUUGAGUUGUUAUGGAUUGAAAUAGGAUGAGACAAUAUUGCAGAGGCAAAGUACAUUUUGUAAAAUAAAGACUUCUGUGUUUCAAAUGUAUUAUUUCUCAUUUUUUCCUGAAAUUUUGGCUGCUACAUCUACAACCUCACAAGACUAAGUGUCGCAGGGAUGUUACAAAUCCAUUGAUAAAUGAUCUUUUUAAAAUCCAAAAAAUUUCAGAAGUAAAUAGUAUGUAGAAAAGCUAGAACCCAUCCCCCACACCUGUUUUUUUUUUUUUUAAGGAAGAAAAAGGAUCAUCAUGUUAACUAAAACUAGAGUAAACUAACUCUAGACUAGUUUGAGAAGAAGAAUAUGAAUAAUACAGUUGAGCUUUAAAAUCUGUCAGUAUUCUCUAUACUUGAAGAACAAAGUCACUUUGAUUUGAAGUGAAAACUAAUUAAGUGGUUUUCUGAUUUGACUGCAGAAGACUUGGUUGGACCCAGUAUCAUAUUCUGCAGUGAAAAGAAUCAGCCGUCUUCAUAAAUACAUUGGGACUGGCAAUGAUAAUAGGGAGAUGAGAAACUGGUUAUCUUGAUCCUUGAAGUGGGCUUUGGUUCAUUUCUGCUCUGUGAUGUAUAAUAAAAGUGUUAUAUUGGUGAAUUGAUAAAUUAAAGAAAUUAAAGGUUUUUAAAAUUCUGUCUCAAAUGUGUCAGUAACAUUUUUCUAAGGAAUUUAAUAAUUGGAAGCCGCUCAUAAGAUAUUUAUUCUUGGAUAUUAAACUUAUUAAAGCAUGAAUGCUGCUGUUUGAUUUGGUGGAUAUUAAGAUUACACAAAUCCAAUAUACUGAAGUUAUGGUAGAAAUGUGAUUUCUGAACAUGCUCAAGAGACUGCUUUUUUGAUUGAGCCAGAGAAAUAUUAUAGUCAAAACCAUUGAGUGGAUUUUGUUUACAAAUAGGUAAAUUAUACAUUUGUAUAUUUUAAGUGCUGAGAUAGGAUAUCUUUAAAAGAGUUUGGCCCAUUUUUCACAGAUUCACCUUGUCUUGUAUGAACUUCUUAACGUAAAAGUUGUUCAUGUGUAAUACUUGAUGAAAAGAUUUUUGUUUCUUUGUUUUAAUGGGUUAGAAAAAUGUGUUUACAAUCUUGGUCUCAUACGAUCACCAAUGAAAUAGUAACUUUCAGGUUUACAUCAGUAUGAGCUGACUUUAACUGAGUUGUUUGGGGAUAGGGAAGAAUCAGGUCCCAUUAGAGUAUACACGACUGCUUGCCUGCUGGAUCAAACUAAUUGUUUGGGUUUUAUAGGAAUAUCAUCUCCCUUAAGCAGUAUUAAGGUUUAUCUUCAGUAUGCGAGUGGUACAUUGAACUGGACAUUGUCUUGAAAGCUGCUUCAUUAUUAUUAGGAAGCAAUUUUCAAGUUGUAGCAAAUUAAAAUAAAUUUAUAUUUUCCCCUCUUUUAAAGAAACAGUCAUCCUUGUGCACUGAUGUUUCUUAAAAUAACUGAAAUACUCUUCUUAAUGUGAAUUGUAAAUGUUGAUAUUUGUAGGUCCUUUCUUAAUAGUAGAGAAGAACCUUCCAGAGGGAAAAAUUUGUGCUUCUAGGGACAGUGAUCUUCCUUGUGCCUCACUUCAGAACUCUAAGUGGGUAUGACUCUUGUUAUUGCCACAUGCUUUGUUAGUGUAUUUCACAAAUUUACUUUUAAAAUUUCACUUUAAAAAUUAUUUUAGAUAGUGUGUAACAUGUGCAAUCCAGAAUAAUUUUAUAAUAGGUCAUAAAAAAACCUAAUUUUAGUUAAGAUUCAUAGUAUUUGUUCUCUGGGUAAUGAGAGAAUGAAUGAACCUUUUGGAGAUACUGAUAUUAAGCAAUUAUUUUUUGCAAUACUGAAUGUGUUUUUUAGUUUCUUUUUUUGGUUUUUUUUUUUGCAGUAGGGCACUACCUAUCUCAUCUUGUAUUACUUUUUGAUGUAAAGCAACUAAUAUUUACACUAUGCCAUAUUUUUUUUAUUGUAGUUGUAAAUUAUGAACGAUCCUUGAAUUUUCUACAGAUCUACAACUACUAAAGUAACAGACAAGGGCAAUCUUGGUAUUUAAAUCUGAGCAUGGCAAUUCUACCAUAAAAAGUACUCUAUUUUUCUAAUUUCUAGGAUUUUUAAAAUAACAUUUCUGUACGUCUGACAUUAAUAUUCACUCAAGCUGUGUACCAUUUUAGUUUGCAUAUACUUCAUUGUUUUAAUUUAAUGUAAUGUAUUGAGUCUAACAGACUUUUACGAUAAUUAGAACAAAGGAUUUAUUUCUUCUAAUCAAAGAUGCAUAACAGCUAUUAUCUAGGGGACCAUCAAAUGUGAUUUCAAGAUUUUGUUAACUACUUCAAAUAUAAUCCUUACAUAGAAAUUUUAAUUUUGUAAAGUAGUGUAUAAUAUUGUAACAUUAAAUUCUUGUUUCAAAUUCAAAUAUGUAUUGAUCUUCAAUGUGCUGUGUUAAAUCUUGCUUCUCUUAAAUAUUAGAGACAAGAUUUGUCUUCCUUUUUACAGUUUGUAAUUUUCACUGUUUUAUUCCUGUAAAAAAAAAGUCAUUUGUAACCCAUGCAAAUAAUCGCUUGAACUGUGCUAACUUAUCAAUUUGGCUAUUCAAUAAAGUUAUUGAAAGAGCUU